UAUGAUGUCACCAACGCAUCUUGUGCAAAAGAUACUAGUCAUUAUACAAUUACCGGUGACGCGGCCCCAACUCAUAAGCAAAUUCCUUUAGAACCUCUCGAACCUCUCAUAAGCAAAUUCGUCACUCAUACCGCUCGAAUUGCAGAAGCUCGUUCCAGGCUGAAGUGUUACUUGCAUCUGAUAAACUUACUUGGUCCCUGGUUUGGUUUGAUAUGUAUGCUGGAAAAACUCCUGCAGCAUGAGGCGUUAUGCCAUACCUUCUUCUCUACUUGGCAAAGAAAGGAUUUAGGGCAAUAAUUCCUGAACAUAGUGCUUACUUCAAGUAGUGUUGUAUUAGAGUUGAACAGAGGGCCUGAUCAUGCAUACAGUUACGUUACUGCUGUCAUUGCCUUGCAUUUCUAGCAGCAGUUUUAAAUCGCAGAGUUGCUGGACCAACAGCAGGAGAGAUGUUCCCCAACAUGAUAAAUGGUCGGAAAUCAGAACUCAUAAUUCCUCUCGAUGCAAUGAAAAAUCACACAUUGCUGGAAGAUGUAAUAGGUUACUAAAACCUAUCCAAUCUUCAGCAUUGUCGGCCAUUCCAAAUUCAAAUGACGGUUCCCCUGCAGUCGUACCAACCGAUGAAAGCUCAAGCAUUAAUCACUCUCCCACUUUUGAAAUGGGGACUUUAUUCACCAACUGGUCACCUCCCAGGUACUUAUGGAGAGGAUUAUCAGUUUUUAUCUUGGCAGGGCAAGUCAUAUACCGGGCUCUCAAGGGUAAAAUCCACUGGAAAAACACACUCCAACAGCUGGAAAGAGUUGGUCCAAAAUCUGUUGGGGUCUGUCUUCUGACAUCAGCUUUUGUGGGCAUGGCUUUCACUAUCCAAUUCGUUCGAGAAUUCACCCGGCUAGGGCUCAACCGAUCCAUUGGUGGGGUCUUAGCUCUUGCCUUCUCUAGGGAACUAAGCCCUGUAGUCACAUCGAUUGUGGUGGCAGGUCGUAUUGGAAGCUCAUUCGCUGCAGAACUCGCAACCAUGCAGGUUUCUGAGCAAACCGACACACUGAGAGUUCUUGGGACAAAUCCUGUUGAUUACCUCAUCACACCAAGGGUAAUUGCUUCUUGUGCAGCUUUACCUUUUUUGACCCUGAUGUGCUUUACGGUGGGGAUGGCAUCUAGUGCCUUCUUGGCCGAUAGUGUAUACGGUGUCAGCUAUAGAAUGAUUUUGGAUUCUGCUCAGAGAGCUCUUAGGCCAUGGGAUAUAAUUAGUGCCAUGAUUAAGUCCCAGGUUUUUGGUGCUAUAAUUGCAAUUGUCAGCUGUUCUUGGGGAGUAACAACCAUGGGUGGUGCGAAGGGUGUUGGAGAAUCUACUACUUCAGCUGUUGUUUUAUCUCUGGUUGGUAUCUUCAUUGCGGAUUUUGUUCUUUCGUACUUUUUCUUCCAAGGGGCAGGGGAUUCGCUCAGAAAUUGUGUAUGAACUACUGCUCUCCUUUCUGAGUUUUCAGCUUGCGAUACCAUUUCUCGCCAAAUUAAAUUUGUUCUUCAGAAAUAGGAAAGAAAAGGAGUUGUAAACUUGUGAUUGGGUGCAGUGACCUGUUCCUGUGCAUUCUACUGUACAUUUUGAUUUGAAUGAUAUUUUAGAGACCAUCAUUUAAGUU